AGCUUUGAUCGCUGAUGCAGUAUUUUUAUUAAUCUUCAAAAAGUUGAAGCUCAACUUUCCUAAGAAGAAGAUGACGGUUGGCAAUCGGCCACAGGGCCCGCCUUGUUCUCAUCUCACAGGAGUGGUUCACAGUUCACUCUGUAAAGUAAAGGUGAGACCCUAAAGCAGGGAUCUGGAACAAUCUACUCUCGGGAGAGACAGAAGGUAGAGACGGAGAGGAUGAAGGCAAGGAAGGUGGUACUCUUCCCCACUCCAGGCGCCGGCCAUAUCGUGGCCAUGAUCGAGCUCGCCAAGCAGAUUCUCCGCCAUUCCUGCAAUACCCUCUCCAUUACCAUCCUCCAGAUCAACCCUCCUUCCGCCUCCCCGCUCAACUCCGCCGCUGCCUCCACCCACGCCCAAGCCGUCGCCGCCUCCGGUCUCAACAUCGACUUCGUGGAGCUCCCACCAACACCAUCCGAUGACGCCCCAGAAGGGGGAGGCCUGAUACCGACCCUGCGCUACAUAGAGUCACAGAAGUCCUCCUUAUCAAAGACCCUCGCCUCGAUCUCUGCCACCGCCACCGUUUGCGCUAUCGUCGUUGACAUGUUCUGCCUCGGCGUCUCAGACGUUCCGGCUGAACUCGGCAUCCCCACCUAUGUCCUCUAUACCUCCGGCGCUGCCAUGCUCGCCUUCCUGCUCUACUUCUCGGAGCUCGACCGGAAACACGCUGGUGAUUUCAGAGACCUGAAGGAGUUCUUGGAGAUUCCAGGUCGAUGCCCGUUCCCUGCUUCUGCCGUACCGGCUCUGAUGCAAGAGAAGAACAACCCGACCUACCGGUGGUUCUUGAGGGCCUCGGAACUUUUCUCCAAGGUGGACGGCGUGCUGGUCAACACCUUCAGAGAGCUGCAGCCCAGACCCAUCAAGGCGUUGAAGGACGGGCUCUGCAAGCCCGGGCUCCGGACACCACCCGAUUUUCCGAUCGGGCCCCUCCUCGGUCUUGGACCCGCAACCGAGUCUCAGGAUCACGAGUGCAUCAAGUGGCUCGACCGGCAGCCGCUGGCGUCGGUCGUCUUCCUCUGUUUCGGCAGCAUGGGCGCGUUCUCUCCGGCGCAGAUCGCCGAGAUCGCUCAAGGGCUCGAGGGAAGCGGGCAGAGGUUUCUGUGGUCGAUUCGCAUCCGGCCAAAGGGCGCUCCACAGUUCUCCGAGCCCAAGGACGUGGACCCGAGCGAGGUGCUGCCGGAAGGGUUCUUGAGACGGACGAAGGAGAAGGGACUAGUGUGGCCGAAGUGGGCGCCGCAAGUGGCCAUUCUGUCGCACCCCGCCGUUGGAGGAUUCGUUUCCCACUGCGGGUGGAACUCGACGCUGGAGAGCGUGUGGUUCGGCGUGCCGAUGAUCGCGUGGCCGCUGUACGCCGAGCAGGGCAUGAACGCCUUCGAGCUGGUGAAUGACUUGGGGCUGAGCUUGGAACUCAAGAAAGAAGAGGAAGGAGGGGAGCUGGUGAAGGGAGAAGAGCUGGAGAAGGCAGUGAGGAGCCUGAUGGAAGGCGAGGAAGGGAAGAAGGUGAGGGAGAAGAUGAAGGAGGCGAAGAACAUGGCAAGAAAGGCAAUGGAAGAAGGAGGAUCUUCGUAUUCGACUCUGGCUUCGUUGAUUCAAAGAUGGACCAAGGAGGGAUCUUGCAAUACAUAGUGCUAUUAUCUCUUACACAAAUUCAGAUACUGAACAAGUUAUCGUCCACAAUUAUAGGUAAAAUAGUGAAAAAGGGUGUACGACCAAAAGAUGUGCUUGUGUUGAAUGUGCUGUCCUCCAGCUGCCUCGUUCGUGGUUCUUUUGUUUUUCUGUCCUCAUGUUCAUAAGGAGGUGUUAAUGCUUUGCUAUUGGGCGAUUAAGUCUCCUUCGAUUCUUGUCUGUAUUGCUAUUAAAAUGCUUUCUGUAUUCUAGAAUGGGGGUCCAACUCUUGAUGUAGACGGCCAGCUACAUUUCUCUACUUCUCUUCAAAAAAAUAUUUUUUUUUUCCAGAGA